GGCGUGAUCACAUCGGGGGACACGCCAAGGUUUCGGAUCGGACGUGAUAGAUCCAAGUCCAUAUAUGGAAAUGUGACACGUCGGCAACUCGGAAGCAGACCGAUGGGAGGUCGAUUUCCCGCGGAGGGGGCCAUGCCCCGCCAUGCAGCCCUCCUCCUCCCCAGAGCUGACCGUAAGCAUUCCACAGGAGCACACCCUCCUCCUCGCCCUCAACCGUCCCCGCCAACGCAAUGCCAUCACCCCAGACCUCACUCGUGAGAUCGCUCACGUGCUGGACUGGUUCGACAGCGAGCCCAGUCUGUGGGUUGUCGUCCUCACUGGCGAGGGCGACAUGUUCUGUGCAGGGGCAGAUCUCAAGUCAUGGCAUGCCAGCCAGUCCUCCAACGUCACCACCGAACAGCAAGACAUCGCAUCCUCGCCGCACGGAUUCGCUGCCCUCUCUCGCCGUCGCACGUCCCUCAAACUCAUCAUCGCUGCUGUCAACGGACCUGCGUACGGCGGAGGUGUCGAGAUCAUCCUCAAUUGCGACCUCGUCGUCGCAAGCACAGAUGCUGUCUUUGGGUUGCUGGAGGUAAAGAGAGGCGUGGUCGCUGCGCAAGGAGCGAUCCCGAGGUUGACGAGAGUCGCGGGUCAUCAGCUUGCCUCGGAGAUGCUUCUUCUCGGAAGCACCAUCACCGCUUUGGAGGCGAGGGAUAGGUUUCGUUUCAUCAACAUCGUCACCUCCCCAGCCGAGGUUCUCCCCACUGCCCUCGCCCUCGCCCGUACGAUCACUUCCAACUCUCCGGACGCAGUUCAAAGCACGAAAGAAGGCCUUUUGAUCGCACAGCGCGUCGGAAAUGUCGACGAAGCAGUCGUCUCCCAUGCCCUGAGUGCAGCCGGUGGGAGGGUGUGGAAUGGGCGGAAUGUUAAGGAAGGUCUGGCUGCGUUCGUAGAGAAGCGAAUCCCGAAAUGGACGAACCCUGCAAAACUCUGAGGUGUGUUCGAUGUAGUGAGCACUGGUGUGUAUGUGAUGACGUGAUGGCGGGUGGUCAUAUGUAUAUUUAUCUCUAUGUGUGUAUGGUAUGUAUAGCUUGUAAGUGUGGAAUGCAUCCCUCCCCCACCACACUCUUGUCCGAUGAGCCGUGUGGGGAAUGCUAACUUACGAGGGGUUCAUAGGACGUAUAUACGUCUCACAACA